AUUAAAGUUUAAAAAAAUAUUAUUUCAGAUUUCUGAUUUUCACAGAAUUGAAAAAAAGUACCGAGUGUAGCUGUUAACUAUUCUACCUAUUCUAUAACCAGAAGAAUGGUCUAACAAUGAACCAGCAGCAGCAGGGAUCAGAACUAGUUCUGUUUGAGCUCCUUCAUCUAGAACUUGUUUCUCAGGCCGUUCAGGGUACAGGAUUUGACGUCGAAGGUUUAGAAAAGAUAGGAUAUAGUGCAGGUUACCGCCUUGUGGAGAAAUUGGCGAGAGACGGUCCUAAGUUCAAGGACGAAUUAGAUCUUCUGAAGUUUAUCUGUAAAGAUUUUUGGGGAGCAGUGUUCAGAAAGCAGAUUGAUAAUCUCAGAACAAAUCAUCAAGGAGUGUACGUACUGCAGGACAACUGUUUCCGGUUUCUUGGCCGCAUAUCCGCAGAUAGGCAGUACCUCGAGGCCAGUCCUAAGGUAGAUACUUUGAAGCUUGACCGAGGUAGUGCAUGGUUAAACACAAAAGUAGAGACUUCAGAGACGACUUCACAGAAUUUAUAUUGACUGUUUAUUUAAGAU